AUGGCCCUGUACUGCGGCGACAACUUCGGCGUGUACUCGCAGCCCGGCCUGCCCCCGCCCGCCGCCGCCGCCGCCCCGGGCGCCCCGCCGGCCUCCAGGGCGCCCUACGGGCUGGCCGACUACGCCGCGCCGCCCGCCGCUGCCGCCAACCCCUACCUGUGGCUCAACGGGCCGGGCGUGGGCGGCCCGCCCGCAGCCGCCGCCGCCGCCGCCGCCGCCGCGUACCUGGGCGCCCCGCCGCCGCCGCCGCCGCCGCCCCCCGGGGGCGCGGCCGGGCCCUUCCUGCAGCCGCCCCCCGCCGCCGGCACCUUCGGCUGCGCGCAGCGGGCCUUCGCGCAGCCCGCGCCCGCCGCGCCCGCCUCGCCCGCGGGGCCCGCCGCGCCCGGCGAGCUGGGCUGGCUGUCCAUGGCCAGCCGCGAGGACCUGAUGAAGAUGGUGCGGCCGCCCUACUCGUACUCGGCGCUCAUCGCCAUGGCCAUCCAGAGCGCGCCCGAGCGCAAGCUCACGCUCAGCCACAUCUACCAGUUCGUGGCCGACAGCUUCCCCUUCUACCAGCGCAGCAAGGCCGGCUGGCAGAACUCCAUCCGCCACAACCUGUCGCUCAACGACUGCUUCAAGAAGGUGCCCCGCGACGAGGACGACCCAGGGAAGGGGAAUUACUGGACCCUCGAUCCAAACUGUGAGAAAAUGUUUGACAACGGGAACUUCCGUCGGAAGCGGAAGCGCCGCUCCGAAGCCAGCAGCUCCUCCGCGGCGGCCCCAGGGACCACAAAAUCGGAAGACGGGCUCUCCUCAGGAUUGGGGUCGGGAGUGGCCGCGAAGCCGGAAGGGGACAGCCCGACGGCUUUGCUAAGGCCGUCCCAGUCCCCAGAGCCUCCCGAGGGCACCAAGAGUACCGCCUCGUCCCCGGGAGGCUCCCUGCUCACCUCCACCCCCUGCCUCAACACCUUCUUCAGCAGCCUCAGCACCUUGAGUGUCAGCGGCAGUGGGGGCACCCAGCGGGCCCUCCCUGGCGGCCGCCACCUGGGGAUCCAGGGGGGCCAGCUGCCCUCCAGCAGCCCCUUCCCCCCAAGCUCGGUCUCGGAAGCGGCGCCGGACACCUUGCCGCUGAGCUCCGGCGCCAGCAGCAGCAGCCAGAGGCCUUCCUACUGCAGCCCUUUCCCUGCCGGCUCCAGCGGGGGGCAAAGCAGCCCCUUCAGCAGCCCUUUCUACAACUUCAGCAUGGUCAACAGCCUCAUCUACCCCCGCGAGGGCUCCGAGGUAUAG